CAUUACUUACAAAGACAAGCUUGGCAUUUGUAAUAAAAGAAAACAAAUUUCUUAAUGGUGCAUGUCCGCAUUUUGCUAAAUGCUAAAAAAGACUGCUAGCUAUUGGCUGGUGGCGGAUGACGCGGUCGUUACGUGUCAACCAAUAAAUUAAAAGUCCCGUGGCUCGGUUGGUUUUCAGAGUGAGGGAGAGAGAGGUUGAAAAGGUAGGCUUCGCGCUGCAUCCUGGGUACAUAGCUCCGCUGUGAUGCAGUGAGCUCGUUGUGUUGACUGGAAACCAAAGUAAAGUAACGGGGGAGGGUCGGCUACAUGGGGGGGGGAGGUUUCUGAGCGAGUUACAAUGCGUCUUUCACGGUGUUGAGCGGUCUCGCAGAGCCAUGAGCCAACUUCGCCGGUCGCCUCGAAGCGGAACGAGCCACUCUUGAGCCCCCGAGGAAAACGAGUCCUUCUUGGCGGCGGAGAGCGAAAAUGAAGACGCCGAGCGCCCCGCUCCCUGCUGCUGCUGUCGGCUUGACUGGGAAAUGGUAGCGUGCUGCGGGGACCGCACUGGGAAGGACCAUGGUCGAGAGGAGCAGCAAAUUCUUGUUGAUCGUCGUCGGAUCCGUGUGUUUCAUGCUGAUUCUCUAUCAGUACGUGGCGCCAGGGGUGAUCAAUUUCGGCUCCCCGCACGGUUAUUUCACGGAAGAAGACGAGGGGGACAUCUUCCCGACUCCGGACCCCCACUACGUUAAGAAAUACUACUUCCCCGUGAGGGACCUGGAGAGGACGAUCGAUUUCCAAAUCAAAGGGGAGGACGUGAUAGUGUUUUUGCACAUCCAGAAGACCGGGGGGACUACCUUCGGCCGGCACCUGGUCCAGAAUGUCCGCCUGGAGGUCCCCUGCGACUGCAGACCGGGCCAGAAGAAGUGUACCUGCUACCGGCCGAACCGCAAGGAGACCUGGCUCUUCUCCCGGUUCUCCACCGGCUGGAGCUGCGGCUUGCACGCCGACUGGACCGAGCUCACCAACUGUGUGCCGGGGGUCCUCAACAAGAAGGAGAGCAAGCAGAAGACUCUGAGGAAGUUCUACUACAUCACUCUGCUGAGGGACCCCGUGUCUCGCUACCUCAGCGAGUGGAGGCACGUGCAGCGCGGAGCCACGUGGAAGACGUCCCUGCACAUGUGCGACGGGCGAACCCCGACGCCGGAGGAGCUGCCCUCCUGCUACGAGGGCUCCGACUGGUCAGGGUGCACCCUGCAGCAGUUCAUGGACUGUCCCUAUAACCUGGCCAACAACAGACAGGUGCGCAUGUUGGCCGACCUGAGCCUCGUCGGCUGCUACAACAUGUCCACGGUCCCGGAGAAGAAGAGGGCCCAGCUUCUCCUGGAGUCGGCCAAGAAGAACCUGCGAGACAUGGCCUUCUUCGGUCUGACCGAGUACCAGAGGAAAACCCAGUUCCUCUUCGAGCGGACCUUCAGGUUGCGCUUCAUCAGGCCUUUCAUGCAAUACAACAGCACCCGGGCGGCGGGGGUGGACCUGGACAACGCUACGAUCCAGCGCAUAGAGGAGCUGAACGAGCUGGACAUGGAGCUGUACGACUACGCCAAGGACCUGUUCCAGCAGCGCUACCAGUUCACCAGGCAGCAGGAGAGGCGGCAGCAGCGCAUGAAGAACCACUUGCAGCAGAGCCACCAGGGCCUGGGCCUGGGCGUCAGCCUGUGGCCGUCGCGCGGCCGGCAGGGCUUGACGUCGGCGCUGGAGGACGGGGACGGAGAGCGGGAGAGGGAGGAGGGCGGGGAGGAGGGAGGCAGAACGGAGGAGGCGGGCAGCCGGCUCCCCACCGAGGACUACAUGAACCAGAUCAUCAACCGCUGGUAGCAGCAGAACGAGAGCAAACAAUGGACAUGCAUAUGUAAUGUGAAACACACACACGUAUACACACACACACACACACGUAUACACACUCACACUCGCAGAAAGUGGCGCCUGCAUCAAAGACCCUAAUGACUGACAAACCGGCUUCGCCAGAGGGUUGGGCCGCCAGAAUCGGAGCCCAAGCGGGUUGCUAUGGAAACCUGAGCUUGGUCGAUUGCAUCAGCUCACAUUAUUGAGGUUUGCCCGGUUGUUAUUAGCGCCUGCUUGCCCUUUCUCCCCCCCCUUCCUCCCUCCUCCUCCCCUCUCUGCGUUUCUUUGUCUCUCCCAUCAUCAUUACUGACUGAGCAAAGAUAUUUUUAAAAGUUGCUGACAGCCCCCGAGUCUCUCAGCCACCUCUUCUGCCUCCUCCUCCACCCCCCCCCUCCCCCCUCCCCGUAUUCCUCUCUGUGGCCUGAUACGGAGCAUGAGAAAAUGAAAUUAAGUCUGUGAAUUCCCACUUAAACCCUUUCGCAAAAAAAGAAGGACCAGUCUACUUCCCGGACGCUCCGAUUUCAAAGGAACCGGGGGGGGGAGAAAGCUAUGGAAGUGCGCUGAUGGGCUGGGCUCGACGAAGAAAAGGGAUGUGAGCACACGAGAGACUGUACCAGACAAGAAAAAUAAAAAAAAAAGAAAGAAAGAAAAGUUGGACUCAGAUGUGUAAUAAAAGCUUUCUGCUUUACGAGAAAAAAAAAAUAAUCAGCCAUUUCACCCAUGAACACGCUUCAGUCAUGAAAUAGUGACAUUUUAGGAUGAUUUUGUUUGUAUUUUCCUUUUGUGUUUAUGCUUUUUUAAAAGCAGAAUUGUAAUAACACUGAGACCAAUAUUGCUGCCUAAACAAAAGUGAUUCCUUUACUUCUUUAUCUUUAUUUGUUUUUUUUUUGUUUUUUGUUUUUUGUUUUGUUUUUUUUAAGUCAAAGCUAAUGGAUUGGGUUGUUGUACAAUGGACCAUAGCCAUUAUUGAAGCCUUGCUUCUUUUGGGUGAGGAGGGGGAGGUGAAGUGGCCUGUCUCUGUGUGUAAAGGUUCCCAAAGCUCCUGUCGCUUAACAAGUUCAUUAUUUCUCCCUUUUCUCUCCUUUUUUUUUGAGGGGAGGGGAGGAGGUGGUGGGUCCUGCAGAGAAAAACAGCCAAUUACAGAGCCGAAUCUCACAUAGGUGCGAAGAAAUGAAAAGGAGGGCGAGGCCGGGUGCUGCAGGUUGUUGCCAGGAACUGUGCAGCGCGAGCGGCGAGCGCUUUGGAAGCCUUAACUCAGACAAACGCUCGAGAUGGGAGCUGUGGAACUACUGGUCACCAUGGCAAUGUGAGCUCUUAAUAUAGUGGGUGGCAUUUCUAGAUGUUUCUUUUAUUUUUUUCUUCUUCCGACUGAGCUGUAAAAGCGCCGGUCUUAACCAAGCCUCCGUCCCACCUGCUGAAAGAGCGCACACGGCUCUGGCGACCCGCAGUUCAUUAGCGCGCGGCAGCGGCAGCGGCGGCGUUUCAGGCUGAACCGGACGGGGCGAGGUAGCAGUGCCUCUAUGUACUGGGAUCAUAGUCAGCAUAUAUAAUUAUUGCCAGAUUAUUAUGUCUGCGUUAUACUACAGUGAUUUUUUUCUCUGACUACUCGUGAGUCUGUGCGGGUGCGAAUGUGUUUCCUGUGUGCGUGUAAAUAGUAUGUGCGGUGCGCCUGUGAUUGGCGUAUGUUGUAUGCCUUUGUAAAUAGUGUGCCUGACUGACAGGGGGGAUGCCUGAUGAGUGUUGUUGCGAAUGACUGGUUUCAUGACCAAUUAUCUUGCCAUUUUUAUUUUUUUAUUUUUUAUUUUUUUGGGUGGUGGAGGCAGCAAAGUCCCUCCGACAGCAUGACAGUGAUAUAAGAAAGCCAAUAAUACUCCCCCAUGUCCCGUCCUUCUCCCUUCUCUUGUCUCCUUCCCACAUAUGAGGACAUACUAUAAUAUAAAAAACAUAAGCUUUUUUUUUUUUUAAUCCACCUGUGUGACAAAUUUAUGGCACUCUGUACAUUUUCACGUAGCUUUCCCUGUGCAAACCUUCGGGUGAAAUCCAGUCUUUUAACCUGUCAUGCAGAAGCUGGCUUCAAAGAGAUCAGCUGUUUGCAUAAAAAUCAAAGUACUGCCACAGAUUUUUUUUUGCAGUUACUCUCACAGCUUAGAAUCAUACUGAUCUACGCCCUAGGUACACCGUAGCCUGACGUGCACCUACCCAGAAAUUUAACUGCGCGUCAGGGACCGCAACAGCUGUGAUUGGUUGUCUCUUAUUGGCCAUAAAAAAAAAAUAAAUAAAUAAAUGAUGGAAACCCUCCUCCUGCCUCCUGCUCGCAGUCUGCUCAGACGUCUUCUCUCUCUUCCUUUUAUUUAUUUUAUUUUAUUUUGCACUGCAGUGAUUUCAGUAAAAGUAGCAGAUGUUCACCAUUUAUUAGCUCCAACUCCAAAAUUAGCUUCAACGCCGUUAUUUGAGGCGCACGCAGAAACUCGGCACAGCUGACGAGAACUAUCGCACAAUUGAAGAACACAUCGGUCCGGUGCAUAUUCUGUAAAUGCUCACGGCGUAGAUCUGUGGCAGGUUUGUAAACAAAGCUUCAAUUGGGCUCAGAGGAGGUUUGUGAAAAAAAAAGUUAAAAUGUCAUAAAAACAUGUUUGUAGAUAACAGGUCAAAAAGUAAUGCUUUUUCCCCCUAUGGUUUGUGUUGGGAAUUGCAGUGUGCUUAGUAAUGAGCAGAGUGACCGAUCAUGACAGCAGUUUAUAUCACCCAACAAUAAUUAGUUUGAAACAGCCAAAAUCUUCAGUUUUUUUUCUGUAUUUGUCCGUGGAGCUCAUGAAAAAUCAAAAAAAUGAAAUGUCUGAUACCAUGACGUCCAUCCAGAUGUGUGUGUUUCACUUAUGAGAGUGAAACAUGUCUGGGAAUUUGUCCUAUUUCAUAAGUUACUUUCAAAAUACAUUAAAUUGGAUGCAUUAAGGGAUUUAAAACGACUUGAUUAGAGUUAAAUCCACCAGCCCUGUCUGCGAGCAAAGAGCAAUAAAAAAAAAAAAAGUGGGGAGGUAAGAAGACGUGUCGGCUCCAUCUAAUUAAACUGAAUGUAGUCCAGGUUCAAUGUCAGCAAUCAGCGGAUGUGUCCUUCACAUUCAGGUGAACAACACAGCACAUCCUGUUAUAAAUAAUACUUCUUCUUUUUCCACGGCGAAGGAGACAGUUUAGCUGCGUUUUCUUGUUAAAUUCAGCUAAUCACCGUAGGUCCUUCCGCCUCCAUCUAUUUAAUCAGCUCCUUUAAAAUCAGGAAUGAUUCAUGGAAGGGAAGGAGAGAAGAACAAAGGGGAGAUGAGAAAAGGUACUGGGACAUAUCCAGAUUCAAUAUGCUUCUUCUUUUUGUGUGUGUGUAGCCUUCAGAGUAAUGCAAUAGGGACGGAGAAAUUGAUACGGACAGAGAGCUCUCCCCCCUUUUUUUUUUUUUUUUUUUUUUUUUUUUUCCCCCAUAUCAACUUCCCCGUCAUUGUUUCUUCUCGGAAGUGGAGACUUAAAAACCUCUGCAGCUCCAGGCACUUUGCCCACGACUGCUCGCAUUAGUCCGCAUUUAGAACUCCAAACUAACAUCUGGCUCCGCCUUAGUGAUUAAAGAACAAAAACACAAGUGAUUCUCUGAUCUGGAAAGUCUUCCAUUAUUUUGCGGCGUUCCACUUUCAAGUGGCCGUGAGACUUUAAAGCGGUCCUCAAAGAUACGAAACGGAAAAUAACCCCCGAUCCUUUCACUGAAAUAAUUCCAGAAAUGAACGCUCUAAAGCGAAUAUUUGUGUCUCAUCAUCACUAUGUAUAUCUGAUGUCUUAACAGCGUUUCCGUUGGUUUGUGACAAUGGAGCAGCCCAGGUGUCGCUAGCAUUUCUUUUUUUUUUUUUUGGUUUUGUUUUGUCAAAGAGAGUGUGAUAGUUUUUUUUUUUUUGGUUUUAAUUGGUGCGAGUCUGUCUCUCUCCUUCUGUAUGCAUCUCUCUGAGUUUGUUUCUUAUGAUUGCAAAAAUGAAUCAUCAAGCCACCAAUUAAAAUAUUUCAUUUUUACAGA